UGAUUGAAAGCGUCACAGACGAGAAUGGGGGCUGUAGUUGGUUUCUGGAGGAGAAAAAAAAAAAAAGAAAAUUGAAUUUUGUUUAAACAUUUAAAAUAGCAUUAUCUUUUUUGGGAAAAUAAAAAUCUGAAAUUAGUCUUCUUAAUUUCCAAACACUGUCAGAGUCCGUGUCCUUCAUUCAUUAGUCGCUGAACAGAAUCACACACUCCCAGUUGAAUUGCCGAAGUUCUACUGACUACUGUUUGUUUGCCUGCUUAGUACACCUCCAUACGGUUGUUCUUGAUUGGGAUUGUGACAGUGAGAGAGACAAAAUGAAGCUGGCUCCAAGAGAGGUCGAGAAAUUAAUGCUGCACAAUGCUGGUUUUCUUGCACAGAAGCGUCUUGCUCGUGGCCUAAGGCUUAACUACACUGAAGCUGUAGCACUUAUAGCAACACAGAUUUUGGAGUUUGUUCGUGGCGGUGAGAAAACUGUGGCAGAAUUGAUGGACCUCGGGAAACAACUGUUAGGAAGGAGACAAGUUCUUCCAGCUGUUCCACACCUUUUGGAUACCGUUCAGGUUGAGGGAACCUUUCCUGAUGGGACAAAGUUAAUUACCGUCCACAAUGCAAUAUCUAGUGAAAAUGGAAAUCUGGAGCUAGCUUUACACGGUUCUUUCCUCCCAGUUCCUUCCCUAGAAAAGUUUCCCAGUUUUGAAGAUGGUAAAAUUCCUGGUGAACUAAGCUUUGGAGGUAGAAAUAUUACGCUCAAUUCUGGUAGGAAAGCAGUCAUCCUCAAAGUCACUAACACAGGAGACAGGCCAAUUCAGGUUGGCAGCCACUAUCAUUUUGUUGAGGUGAACCCUUUCUUAGCUUUUGACAGAAGGAAAGCAUAUGGCAUGCGGUUGAACAUACCUGCGGGUACAGCUACACGAUUUGAGCCAGGGGAUACAAAAAGUGUUACUCUUGUAAGGAUUGGAGGUAAGCAACAGAUCAGAGGAGGAAACAACAUUUGUGAUGGGCCUAUUCAUGAUGACAAUAUCACAGCAGUAGUGGAAGCUGUAUGCUCAAGAGGAUUUGGCCAUUCAGAAGAAACGAAUGCCAGUGAAGGUUUCAGUGGAGAAGGAUCUUUUACUUGUACAAUUUCUCGCGAGGCCUAUGCUAAUAUGUAUGGUCCUACUGCUGGCGACAAAAUUCGGCUUGGUGACACUGACUUGUUUGCAGAAAUUGAAAGCGAUUUUGCUUUUUAUGGUGAUGAAUGCGUUUUUGGAGGUGGAAAAGUUAUAAGGGAUGGGAUGGGGCAGGCUUGCGGGAGUCCAGCUGACUGUCUGGAUACUGUUAUCACAAAUGCUGUGAUUAUUGAUUAUACUGGAAUUUUUAAGGCAGAUAUUGGUAUUAAAGGAGGUCUUAUUGUGGCCCUUGGGAAAGCAGGCAACCCACAUGUCAUGCAUGGUGUACCAGACAACAUGAUAAUUGGGGUUAACACUGAAGUUAUUGCCGGAGAAGGAAUGAUUGUAACAGCAGGAGCCAUAGACUGUCAUGUGCACUUUAUAUGCCCUCAAUUGGCAUACGAAGCUAUAUCAAGUGGCAUCACAACAUUAGUGGGAGGUGGAACAGGACCUGCUUAUGGGACACGUGCAACUACCUGUACGCCAGCACCAAAUCACAUGAAAUUAAUGCUGCAAUCCACUGAUGACCUGCCACUUAAUUUUGGUUUCACAGGAAAAGGGAAUAGUGCAAAACCAGAAGGGCUACAUGAAAUAAUCAGGGCUGGAGCGAUGGGCCUCAAGCUUCAUGAGGACUGGGGAACUACUCCUGCCACCAUAGACAAUUGUUUGACUGUUGCGGAUCAGUAUGAUAUUCAGGUUAAUAUUCACACAGACACCUUGAAUGAAUCUGGAUUUGUGGAACACACAAUUGCUGCAUUUAAAGAGAGAACUAUUCACACUUACCACAGUGAAGGUGCAGGUGGUGGCCAUGCUCCAGAUAUAAUCAAAGUUUGUGGUGUAAAAAAUGUUCUGCCCUCAUCAACAAAUCCAACACGCCCGUUCACUUCAAAUACCAUAGAUGAGCACCUUGACAUGCUGAUGGUCUGCCAUCAUCUUGAUAAGGACAUUCCAGAGGAUGUAGCUUUUGCUGAAUCACGGAUUCGGGCUGAAACAAUUGCUGCAGAAGAUAUUUUGCAUGAUAUGGGGGCAAUUAGCAUUAUCGCUUCCGAUUCACAAGCUAUGGGUCGCAUUGGAGAGGUGAUUAGCAGAACUUGGCAAACAGCGCACAAGAUGAAGUUAUUGAGGGGAUCCGACAAUGACAACCUCCGGAUCAAACGAUAUAUUGCAAAAUACACUAUAAAUCCUGCAAUAGCUAAUGGUUUUUCGCAAUAUGUUGGGUCAGUUGAGGCGGGGAAGUUGGCUGACCUUGUUCUUUGGAAACCAUCUUUCUUUGGGGCAAAACCUGAAAUGGUAAUCAAAGGUGGGGAUAUUGCAUGGGCUAACAUGGGCGAUCCAAAUGCGAGCAUUCCUACUCCUGAACCGGUGAUUAUGAGGCCCAUGUUUGGAGCAUUUGGCAAGGCUGGAAGUGCUAAUUCCAUUGCUUUUGUCAGCAAGGAGGCUGUAAAAUGUGGAAUAAAAGCUUUGUAUGGACUCAGUAAGAGAGUGGAAUCCGUGGGCAAUGUGAGGAGCCUCACCAAACUUGACAUGAAGCUCAAUGAUGCACUUCCGAACAUCAAGGUUGACCCAGAGACAUACACAGUGACAGCUGAUGAUGAGGUUCUUACCUGCGCUGCAGCUACCACGGUUCCUCUUUCCAGGAAUUACUUCCUCUUUUAGGCAUCAUUGUUAUUGUCUUAUAUUUUUCUAAGCUUUUUGGUAAUAAGGACUUGUAGACCUGAAAUAAACUAUUCCAAAUUCAAUAAAUACAAGUUCCAAAUUGUUGCCUCUCUGCUGCAUGUGCUGUAUUUUAUGCACUUAGGUAUAACAAUAUUUUCCAUUAGCUGAUCCUGACUUUCUGUUCUUUCUUUGAAUGCCAGUAUUCCUGUGGUAAGUAUUCUAAUUAAAUUUCUCAUCAGAGGCAGCAAAUGAAAUACUCUACUGUGUUGAUAAAGUGUGAAUCUGAAUGCGAUGUUCUCUUCAGCUGCCCUCCGUGAGGACGCAUAGAUUGUAACUAAAGUUUAGGGAUCCAAUAAGCAAGGAAUCUGCACCAGAUUUGAUUACGUAAAAGAUAAGGAAAAUUUUGGAUGAAUAGAUUUUACGAUUUUUUUCUUAAUAUCUUAAUACUCUAUUGGAUAAUUUUUACAGAAUGUUAGGGAACAGUUCUUGAGGCAAUGGUAAAAAGCGAAUGCUUAAAGUGUGAGGAUGUGGGUUCAAGUAUCAGAGCAGAAUCUGCAAAAUAAGGUAAAAGCUUAUCUCUGAAUGGAUAAUUACCUUUUUUGUUUACAUUGAGAUUUCCUAGCUCAGAUAAUUAUUUUUCAUUGUUUUUUUUUUUUUUUUUUGGCAUAUGGUGUAGAUUGUUUGUGGUUGGGAUUUCUAAGAUUCACAAUCUUCUAACUUUUUAAUUUUUUUUCCUUCUUUGCUAUGCUUUCUGCACCAAUAGACGUUUGUCCUGUGCUACAGUCACUUAAUAAAACUUCACAACCCAUGCCACAAGGCUGAAGCUUAAGGUGAGUUUUUCCAUUUCUAUUUUUUAUUGUUGUUAUUAUUUCAUAUUUAAGGUAAGCAACAUUCGUACGCAUCACAAUGAGUUUUUCAUUUUUGUACAUCUCAAAUCUUGAUUUUUUUUUUUUGUCUUGCUGUGUUCACCAUAAAAUUUAUACUUGUUGCUAUAUAUUCAUGAAAUAUUUCCUUCGUAGAAUUGUGCACUGUGACGAAUUCUUGUGCCGGUUUAGGUUUUGGGUGUUGCGGUCAGUUGACUGAGCUGGAGGUAGUGAUAUUUUAUUGUGUUAAUCCUGUUAUUCCAAAAUAAUUUUUGGGUCUACUACAGAGUAUCUUUAUUGUGAGAGCUUGAUACACACGAUUGGGUUGGUUCCUUAAAAAAAUAAAGCUUUUGGGCAAUUGCUAGUCUAGUAUGAAUACUAUUAGAGUUGCAGUUUCGGGAGGAGUUCAAGUGUGUUAGAUGUGAGCUUUGUGUGCAUUAUUGGCUUUAAUCUUCAUGAGUUCACUUCUUGGAGCAAUUGAUAGUCAUACUUUCUUUUUCACCAUCUUUUUUUAUUUUUUUAAAAAUUAAAAUUAAAAUUUAUUAUUUUUUUCCUGACAAACUAGGAGAAGGGGAAUGAGAAAACGGAUACACUCGUUCAGAGAGUUGAGAGUUCUACCGAUUAGGUCACUGAAUAAUACUCACACCGUCUAAUUUUAGUAUCUUAAAACAUGUUUUUGUCGUUUUAUGUCAUCCCUUUUUUUUCUUCCAUAUCUGUUUGAUUGGGUAAUGAACUGUAGGAAUAGAAAAUUCAUUUUAAAAGUCAAAAUUGUUUCCUUUUCAAGACUUGGACAUGGAGUCAUCUAACAUACAAGACUUGGAAAUGGAGAUGGGAGUCAUUUUCCAUACCAGUUUUCGUAUUUAUAAUACAGACUCAUGAAUUGUAUGGUGUGUGUUUAUGGGUGUGGUGGCAGUAAUAACAACUGUGAGGAUUCAAUUCGUGCAUAUAUAUAUAUAUAUAUAUAAAUCUCUGGAAAAAUUUGGAAACAAAGUCUCACAUAUGCAAGUUGUACUCUCCUUUUUGCAAGUUUUUGUUUUUUUAAACAAAAAUAUAUAAAGAUCCUUUUCUUUGCAAAUGUUUGUGUCAUCGAUUGUGUUUAAAUCGGUACAACCGACUGCAUAAAGGUGUCGAAUUUUAAUAUAUUAUUAUUAUUAUUGUAUAUAUGUAUCGUGUUGCAUUGUGAUAUAGUGUACCUUUAAUAAUCGUAUAUGAAUGGAGUAAGAGAUGAGAAACUGAAGAUGAUUGAAUCCAGAAUAACGCCUACAUUACCAUUCUUUGUAAUAUAUUAUUAUUAUUAUUAUUAUUAUUAUUAUACUCUUGUGAUCCGCUUUUCUCAAUACAGAAUUCGAUUGAACUAAGUCAUCAAGUGUCAUUGGUUUACACUAUUUAAUAAUUUUUCCGAUCUGGAUCUUUAGUUAUUUAUUCUAUUUUUGUAAGAUCAUGUGGAGAUUAUUUAUUUAGAUGCACGACUGCCCAAAUUAGGUUGACUAUCGGCCCCUUCACACUGGCGUAUUUUAUUCUAUUUUUGUAAGAUCAUGUGGAGAUUAUUUAUUUAUUUUUUUGUUUGGAGAAUUGAAGAGAACCAUUUUUCUUUUCUGUGAUAUGACUGAGAUUUAUAUAGAAAACACCAUUGCAAGGAAUGUAAUGAACCAAGUCAUCUUGUGCCAUUUCUCCUUUAUUUUUUAUUUUUUUUUAUUUUAGUUCUUCAUCUCUGUUUGAUUGGGUGAUGAAUUAUCUGUGAACUGUGAUAUGACAUUAACAUGUAAUGAACCAAGUAAUUUAUCAUUGUAGAAAUAGAAAAUGCAGUUUAAACUUUAAAAGUCAAAUUGUUUCUUUUUUUCAAGCUAGAUUAUAACAGAGUAACAAAUCCAUGAUACACCCUUAUUUUUAAAAUGCUUAAUAUAACCUUAAAAUGAAAAUGAAAAAAAAAAAAAAAACAAAAAAAAAACAAA